AUGGAUAAGUCUCAAUCUCUCACAUCGCCACCUUAUUUUGAUGGAAACAACUAUGCUUAUUGGAAAGUUCGAAUGAGAGCUUUUCUAAAAUCUGUGGAUGAACGAGUGUGGGUUUCUAUAACAAAGGGAUGGAGAGAACCAGUCACUAUUAUUGAAGGAGUUCAAACUCCCAAAGGUGUGGAUAAUUACUCUAGGGAGGAAAUUAGUGAGUGUGGUUGGAAUAGCAAAGGCCUGAAUGCGAUUUUCAUGGCCGUGUCCCAGGAGGAGUUCAAGCGAAUCUCCAUGUGUGAGAAUUGCAAAGAAGCUUGGGACAUUCUUGAGGUCACCCAUGAGGGUACCAAGGCUGUAAAGAAUUCUAAACUUCAAAUGCUGACCACAAGUUUUGAAGAACUUAGAAUGAAGGAUGAUGAAACCUUCGAUGCCUUUUAUGCCAAACUAAAUGAUGUUGUCAAUUCUCGUUUUAAUCUAGGGGACAGAAUUCCUGAGAACAGAAUUGUGAGAAAAGUUCUCAGAUCACUCCCUGAGAGGUUUCGUCCUAAAGUUACUGCUAUUGAAGAAAGCAAAGAUCUAGACAGUAUGAGAAUUGAAGAAUUGGUAGGCUCUCUACAAACAUAUGAACACACUUUUCCUGUGGAUAAGAAACACAAGUCCAUAGCCCUCAAUACCAUUAGAGAAGAGUCAGAUGAGUCAUCCGAUGAGUCGGCUAUGAGUGACAGAGAAAUAACAUUUUAUGCUAAGAAGUUCAGGAAAAUGUUUGUGGCUAGAAACAAUAAGAACCAGAGGCCAGAGAAGAAAAAGUUUGAAAGAUAUAAUAGAGGCUCAAGUUCAGGGAACAAAGAGAGAAGCACUGAGAAGUACACUAGAACAAAUAAAGACAAGGUACAAUCAAGGGUGCAGUGUCAUGAAUGUCAUGGAUUUGGACACAUUCGUCUGGAAUGUGCAAAUUACAAAAAGGCAAAAGAAAGAGCUAAGAUUGCAUCUCUAAGUGAGAGUGAAUCAGAGUCGAGUGAAUCAUCAGAUAACUCUUCUCCAAAAAGAAAUCUUAACUACAUGGCAUUCACUACCUCUGUCAGCAGCAAAAGUCAAUGUAGUGAAUCAGUGUCUGAUGAUGGGAGCAUAUCUGGAAAUGAAUCUGGGUAUGAAGAUCAGUUGCAAGAAGUCUACGAGAAGCUGUACAAUGAAUGUGUUAAAUUGAGAAAGCGCAACAAAGCGCACAUUGAGGAGAUAGACUUCAGCAAACGAGAAAAUGAAGAGCUUCAAAGCAAAUUAAAUGAAGCCAUUGGUUUAACUGAUCAGAAAGAAAAGCUGGAUGAAAUCCUGGAGUCAGGAAAGCCUCCUGGUGACAAGAGUGGACUAGGAUAUAAUACAGAGAAAUUUGAUGCAGCUACUACCUCAAAAGUCUCCUAUAAGAAUGAGAGGAAAACUGUGUUUGUUCGUGAGUCAAUUGCAAAAGGGAAUGCUAACCCAUCUGACAAGGGUAAGAAAUCCUCUCAUGUAAAUAUGGGUGUUCAGUCUCAUGAUAAGUCAAGAGUUCGAAAUACAAGUCCUGUGUGUCACCACUGUGGUAAGACUGGUCAUGUUGUAGGAGACUGUUUUAAAUUGAAGAGAUACACCAUGUAUGAUCAUACACGCUCUCAAAGUAGAAGUGUGUACUCACCAAAAAUGGAUAAAAAUCCCAUAACUGCUCCUAAGUAUGCCUCAUUCUUCAGGGGACAAAGAGAUCGGAAGGAGAAUUAUGUGUGCCAUAAUUGUGGUAAGUUUGGUCACAUUCGACCAAAUUGCUAUGAGCUUAAGAGGAAUCCUAUGAGAGAUGGAAAUAGUAAAUCAAGAAGAGAGCAUUUGAAUCUUUGGAGUCAAGUCAGGGCCCUAACCAGACAAAAUGAGAUGCUAAAUGUCAAGAUAGACCAACUGUCAACUAGCAAAAAGGACAUCUCUCCAAAAGUUAGAAAAAUGUGGGUCAGAACUGGAAAAAUACACACUUGCCAUGUGGCACACAUUGCUCUAAAGACCAGAGACACCUACAUGUGGUACCUUGAUAGCGGAUGUUCUCGCCACAUGUCAGGUGAUAAAAGUCUAUUUAAAACAGUUGAAGAGUACAAGUGUGGAACAGUAACAUUUGGAGAUGGCGGUAAAGCUGAUAUAAUAGGAAUGGGUGAAAUUGAAAUACCUGGACUGCCCAUCUUGAGAGAAGUCCUAUUUGUUGAUGGAUUAAAAGCCAAUCUCCUCAGUAUAAGCCAAAUGUGUGACAAUGGUGCAGAAGUCCGUUUUUCAAAAGAUAUGUGUAUUGUUUCAGAUAAUAAUGGAAAUUGCAUGAUGCAAGGAACAAGGACAUCUGAUAAUUGUUAUGGCAUUGCCCCUAUUCCUCAGCAUAGUUGCAAUAGUGCUAAGAAUGAGGCUACUGACCUCUGGCAUCAAAGACUUGGACAUGUGAAUCACAAAAAUCUGUCUAAGAUUGCCAAGAAAGAGAUGGUGGUAGGAUUGCCUGAGCUGGGUAAAGUAGAGACUCCUGUUUGUGGGUCAUGUCAGUUGGGAAAACAAGUUAGAACAGCUCACAAGUACACAACGGCUAUUCUGACCGAACGACCAUUAGAGUUGCUGCACAUUGAUCUUAUGGGACCCUCUAGAACUGAGAGCCUGGGGGGAAAGAAAUACAUACUGGUAAUGGUAGAUGAUUUCACCAGAUACUCCUGGGUAGAAUUUCUGAGAGAAAAAUGUGAAGCUCCUAAUGUGAUUAGAACUUUGUGCAAGAAACUUCAAAAUGAGCAAGGGAAAGCAAUAGUCAGAAUUAGGAGUGAUCAUGGAAGAGAGUUUGAAAACUCAAAUCUUGAGAGUUUCUAUGAUGAAGAAGGUAUCAGUCAUGAAUUUUCUGCUCCUAUCACUCCACAACAAAAUGGAGUGGUCGAAAGAAAGAACAGAGUUAUUCAAGAAAUGGCACGGGUCAUGAUUCACAGUAAAAAUGUACCUACUCACUUCUGGGGAGAAGCUGUGAACACAGCAUGUCAUAUUGUGAAUAGAGUCUAUCCACGACCAAACACUUCCAAAACACCAUAUGAGAUGUGGAAAGGAAAGAAACCAAAUGUGAAAUACUUUAGAGUGUUUGGUAGUAAAUGCUACAUUUUGAGAGAUAGGGAAAACUUAGUUAAGUUUGACCCUAAGAGUGAUGAGGGAAUUUUUCUUGAAUAUUCCAGAAACAGUCGUGCGUAUAGGAGCUACAAUCUACGCACCCAAACCGUCAUGGAAUCCAUAAAUGUGGUGGUCAAUGAUGCUCCUAGAGAGGAGUUGAACAAGGAAGAGCAAACUCACACACCGAGUGAAACUGGGCAAGAAGAUUUUGGUACUCUAAAUGAGAGCUUAGAGACCUCAUCAAAUGAGAAAGUGAGUUACCAAAAGGAGCCCUCGUCAAGAGUAAAGUUAAAUCAUCAUCAGGAUAACAUCAUAGGACACAUUGAUGAAGGAAUGAGGCUGAGGAGGAAAGUGAUAAAUCAAUUGGCUUACUCAAGCUACAUCUCACAAAUUGAACCAAAAAGAAUCGAAGAAGCCUUAAAUGAUGAGAAUUGGUUGAAUGCUAUGCAUGAAGAAAUAAACCAAUUUGUGAGGAAUAAUGUGUGGUACUUGGUGCCAAGACCAGAGAAUCACAAUGUCGUGGGUACUAAGUGGAUAUUUAAGAAUAAGUCGGAUGAGAAUGGUACAAUAGUGAGAAAUAAAGCAAGAUUGGUUGCUCAAGGGUAUGCACAGAUGGAAGGAAUAGACUUUGACGAGACCUUUGCUCCAGUUGCCAGACUUGAAUUUAUCCGGAUAUUAUUAAGCAUUGCAUGCCACAUGUGUUUCAAGCUGUAUCAAAUGGAUGUCAAGAGUGCAUUUCUGAAUGGGAUCCUCCAAGAAGAAGUGUACGUCGAACAACCAAAAGGCUUUAAUGAUCCAAAAUAUCCUAAUCAUGUCUAUAGGUUGAAGAAAGCCUUAUAUGGUUUGAAACAAGCUCCUAGAGCUUGGUAUGAGAGGCUUACUUCAUAUCUUGAAGAUCACAAUUUUCUGAGAAGAAGUGUUGACAGAACACUGUUUAUCAGAAAAGUUGGAGAAGACAUAACAGUUGCUCAAAUCUAUGUGGAUGACAUUGUCUUUGGAUCAUCGGUUGACGCCUUGGCUCUUGAGUUUGCUGAAGAAAUGAAAAAUGAAUUUGAAAUGAGCAUGGUAGGUGAACUAACCUUUUUCUUAGGACUCCAGGUGAAACAGUUAGACAAUGGGCUGUUUAUAUCUCAAUCCAAAUAUGCAAAGGAAUUAAUCAAAAAAUUUGGAUUAGAUGGGAAAAGCCAUGCCAGAACCCCUAUGAGCACGAGUGUUAAGCUUAGUACUGAUGGGUCAAGCAAGAAUGUUGAGCAAUCCUUGUAUAGGAGCAUAAUUGGGAGUCUACUGUAUCUCACUGCAAGUAGACCAGACAUUGCUUUUAGUGUUGGGGUCUGUGCUAGAUUUCAAGCUAAUCCUAAGGAAUCUCAUUUAGUAGCUGUCAAACGCAUACUUCGUUAUGUAAAUGAGACAGUCAAUUAUGGGAUCUGGUAUUCUAGAGACUCUAAUACUGAGCUUGCAGGCUAUUCCGAUGCUGAUUGGGCAGGUAAUGCAGAUGAUAGAAAAAGUACUUCUGGUGGGUGUUUUUAUGUCGGCACAAACCUUGUUGCCUGGAUGAGCAAGAAGCAAAAUUCCAUAUCGCUGUCCACGGCUGAGGCUAAAUAUAUUGCUGCAGGCAGCUGUUGCACGCAAUUGUUGUGGAUGAAGCAAAUGUUGUGUGACUAUGGUAUUACUCAAGCUUCUGUCAUGUCUCGAAGAGUUCGUUCACGCCAAAAUCCUCCAGCCCCCGCUCAAGCACAUUUCCGCAAUCCUCGUGCAAGAGAACUUUACACUCAAAAUUUUUCUACCUGUUCUCCUAUUGUUGAGCGGGAAGUUCUCCUUGGUGAGCUUUCUGAGACUGUUAUUCCCCGCAUUUUUGAGUCUCGCCAGUGGCUGGCUUUGACCAUUGGUCAUCCCACUCCUUCUGUGGAGUUGGUUAAGAAGUUUUACUCCAAUAUUGCUGCCAUCUCUGAUGAUGGCUCUUUUGAAGUCAGUCUCCGGAACAUUGUCUUCCGGGUGACUCCGGGCAUGGUUGCGGAUUUGCUAAAUGCCCCGCGAGUGGCAAACCCCACAUAUCCAUAUACACGAACUUCUCCUCCCAGUCCGACUGUCAUUGUUGAAUGUUUAAUCGGUCCAUUUUCGAGUUGGGAUGGUAAAUCACCCAUUCUCACCUCACGUUUUACACCCGAGUUUCUCAUUCUCAGUAGGAUAGUCCUUACAAACCUAUAUCCUACUGGUCAUCAAAGUGAUGUCGGUCCUGACCGCGCCACUUUUUUGUAUGCAUUGAUAAAUGAUGUCUCCAUUGAUCUGGGGGUCAUCUCUGUCGGCCUUCAGCGGGUCAUUGAGUAUCUUGCCCGUCUUGAAGUCCGGUUUGAUGCACGGUUUGAUAGCCUUGAUGCUAAAGUUAACAACCUGCAGCAGCUUGUGACUCAACGCUUCAACGAUAUAGAGGAGCGCUUUGAUGAUGAUGGAAGUCAGCCUGAUGGUGAUGAUGAUGGCAGUCAGCCUCAUGGUGAUACUUGA